AUGGAUAAAAAAUGGAUGUCAGUGAAUAGGUUAUCUGAGGAGUACAAGAACAGAGUUGAUUUUUUCUUAAGGUUUUGUUUGGAGAAUGGGGGAGACCCAAACUUUACUUGUUGUCCAUGUCUAAAGUGUUUUAAUGUAACAAAGUUGAGUUUCAAUAAGAUCAAAGAACACUUAUUCUUUAAUGGGAUUGACAGAAGUUAUAAGAUAUGGUAUAGUCAUGGGGAGAAACCCCCUAAUAUACCAGAUCCCCCUAGUAGGAUUAGUAAAGUUAGGAGGAAUAGAGAUGAAGUGAAUUGGGAUUCAUUGGAUGAAAUGAUUGAUGAUGCACGUUAUGGAUCAACAGUAGACCCAAACAAGUUCGAGACACUACUUAGUGACGCUGAGAAACCGAUUUACCCUGAUUGUAAAAGAUUUACAAAGUUAUCGAUGCUUCUAAGGUUGUUUAAUUUGAAGGCAAAACAUGGAUGGAGUGAUCGAAGUUUGACAGAAUUACUUAGUUUUUUGAAAGAAUUGUUGCCUGAAUGUAAUGAGAUGCCAAUGUCAUUUUAUGAGGCCGAAAAAACAAUAUGUUCAUUAGGCAUGGAGUAUGAAAAAAUCCAUGCAUGCCCUAAUGAUUGCAUACUAUACCGAAAUAGGCUUUCUGAUGCAGAAUCAUGCCCUACUUGUGGUGAGUCACGAUGGAAAAAGAAAAGGAAUGGUGAGGAUGUUAAGGAAGGAAUACCCGCCAAUGUUUUGUGGUAUCUUCCACCUAUACCCCGUUUCAUUCGACUAUUUAGAAAUGCUGAACUUGCUAAGAGUUUGUCAUGGAAUGCAAAUGAGAGAGUGAAGGAUGGGAAUGACAUUGACGUCUAUCUAGCUCCUCUUAUUGAUGACUUAAAAACUUUGUGGAAUGAAGGGGUUAGGGUUUACGAUGCAUACAAGCAAGAAGAGUUUAGCCUUAGAGCGACAUUGUUGUGGACAAUCAAUGACUUUCCCGCUUAUGGAAAUUUAUCAGGUUUUAGUGUGAAAGGCUAUAAAGCUUGUCCCAUUUGUGAAGAAGAAACAUGCUCUCAGUACUUGAAACACUCCCGUAAAAGUAAGGAUGGAAUUAAGGCGAGAGAAGACUUGACUGCAUUGAAAAUACGUAAUGAAUUAGCUCCAAAGCCAGGCAAUGGUCGGACAUUUUUGCCACCUGCUUGUUACACAUUGACUAAAGAUGAAAAAAGGGAAGUUUAUGAUUGUUUGUUCAAUAUAAAAGUCCCUGAUGGAUAUUGUUCAAAUAUAAGGUCGUUGGUAGACAUGAAAACUUGUACUUUGACUGGCAUGAAAUCUCAUGAUUGUCAUAUUCUAAUGCAACAUGUACUACCAAUAGCUAUUCGAUCAGUUUUACCUAAAAAUGUUCGAGAGAUAAUCACAAGGUUGUGUUUGUUUUUCAAGUCACUUUGUUCCAAGGAGGUUGAUGUGUAUACACUAGACAAGCUACAACAUGAAAUCGCUUAUAUUUUGUGUAAACUGGAGCAAUUCUUCCCACCUGCCUUUUUUGAUAUAAUGAUUCAUCUCACUGUCCACUUAGUUAGAGAGGUACAAUUUUGUGGUCCAGUUUACUUCAGAUGGGUGUAUCCAUUUGAGAGAUAUAUGAAGAUUCUUAAAGGAUAUAUAAGGAAUAGAAGUCGGCCCGAAGGGUGCAUCAUUGAAUGUUAUAUUGUUGAAGAGGCAAUUGAAUUUUGUUCUGAAUACAUGUCUGGUGUACAAAGAAUUAGGCUUAAUGAAGUAAUUAAUGCUGACAUUCAGAGUCGUCGAGGUAGUGUUGUAUGCACAGUUACGCGAGAUGAACUAAAUGAAGCACAUCGUCUUGUGUUACAGAAUACUAAUGAAAUUCAACCUUACAUUGAACAACAUUUCAACUGGAUCAAGACAAAAUUUCCAUCUAGGUCUAAGAACAAAAAAUGGUUACAAGACGAACAUUAUCGUACUUUUAGUAGUUGGCUAGAGCAGAAGGUUGUGAAUGAUUUGAGAAACCCAUUAAAUAAUGUGUCAGACAUUAUUAAGUGGAUUUGUCGAGGUCCUUCUCUUAAUGUCACUAAAUUUUCAUCAUAUAUGGUGAACGAAAUAUGGGAGUUAGACUAUAUCAUAACUCAAGUGCCUGUUUUCUUUUGUGAUUGGGUGAAGAGUGAUAGUGGAGUCAAAAAAGAAGAUUUAGGUUUCACAUUAGUAAAUCUAAAUCUAUUAGGGCACAAAACUGAUCGAUUCAUAAUGGCUACCCAAGCCACACAAGUAUUUUAUGUGGAUGAUCCAGCAAAUACAGUGAUGUCUUCAUAUGAUCCUUUGGCUAAUGAUUCCAAUGAAGAAGAAAAUGAAGAGGAGGUUAGAGAAGAAGAGCAUAUGGAGGAGGGUGAUAUACCGAGUAGGGGGCCAUCCUUUUUGAAAAAAAUUAGCAAAUUGAGAAGUGAAGGGAAGCAAAUUAAGGUUGAGUAUAAUGAGUUUGGUCAAGCAAUCGGUGAUGGGAGGGUAGACUUGGCAUCAAAGCUAGGGUCUAUUGUACGAACAACUAUAUCGAUAGAGUAUAAAGAUUGGGUAGCAGUACCUCAAGAAAAGAAAAGACAAAUAUGGGAGAUAAUGGAGGAAACAUUUGGGUUAGACCAUACACACAAAAAAGGAUUGUUGACUAAAGCAGCUAAGCGAUUUAGAAGUUGGAGAACUUAUCUAACCAAAAGAUUCAUAGUCGACCAAAUGGAAAAAAUUCCAAAUGAGUUCCCUCCUCGAAGACCUAGAGGAUAUGAGUCUAUUAUCUCCCCAGAAGUUUGGCUUGAUUUUGUUAAUAAGAGAUUGAGUAAUGAUUGGAAAAUUAUAAGAGAGAAGAUGCAAGCUUUAUGA